CAGUUUUCUACCCUUCAGUGCACCUUCGCAGUGACAGUUAUCUGCCCUUCACUGCACCUUCGCAGUGACCGUUAUCUGCCCUUCACUGCACCUUCGCAGUGACCGUUAUCUGCCCUUCAGUGACACCUUCGCAGUGACCGUUAUCUGCCCUUCACUGCACCUUCGCAGUGACCGUUAUCUGCCCUUCAGUGCACCUUCGCAGUGACCGUUAUCUGCCCUUCAGUGACACCUUCGCAGUGACCGUUAUCUGCCCUUCAGUGGCACCUUCGCAGGACCCGUUAUCUGCCCUUCAGUGCACCUUCGCAGUGACCGUUAUCUGCCCUUCAGUGACACCUUCGCAGUGACCGUUAUCUGCCCUUCACUGCACCUUCGCAGUGACCGUUAUCUGCCCUUCACUGCACCUUCGCAGUGACCGUUAUCUGCCCUUCACUGCACCUUCGCAGUGACCGUUAUCUGCCCUUCAGUGACACCUUCGCAGUGACCGUUAUCUGCCCUUCAGUGACACCUUCGCAGUGACCGUUAUCUGCCCUUCAGUGACACCUUCGCAGUGACCGUUAUCUGCCCUUCAGUGACACCUUCGCAGUGACCGUUAUCUGCCCUUCACUGCACCUUCGCAGUGACCGUUAUCUGCCCUUCAGUGACACCUUCGCAGUGACCGUUAUCUGCCCUUCACUGCACCUUCGCAGUGACCGUUAUCUACCCUUCACUGCACCUUCGCAGUGACCGUUAUCUGCCCUUCACUGCACCUUCGCAGUGACCGUUAUCUGCCCUUCACUACACCUUCGCAGUGACCGUUAUCUGCCCUCAGUGACACCUUCGCAGUGACCAGUUUUAUCUCUGUAAAUUGCCUGGUUACUUGAUCUAGUCAUUAUUUGUAUUAAAAACAGCUAGGCUCAUGUGAAACCCUAUUUUCAGAAAAGGCAAAAAACAUGGUGUGUCAUUUGUCCAGUUUUGCUUUUACAAAUACAUUAUUCCAUACAAUAGUCGCUUAUAAAUUGUAUUCAUUGGUAUAUCCUGCUCAUAAUUUAAAUUAACCAAAUACUGCCUCUUCAUAGUCGAACUCUGUGCUAAAUUACAUAUUAAUGAAACAAAUGUUUCUAUACAGCAUUGAUGCAUGUGAAGAGGACUCCUCUCUUGGGAGACUUGUUAAUGACGACCACAGAAGACCUAAUUGCAAAAUGAAAACCAUAAAAGUAAAUGAGAACCCACACUUGUGUCUCUUCGCGAUUCGAGAUAUUACAGCUGGAGAAGAAUUGACUUACAACUACGGUGACUCAAAACGUGGGCAUGGAGAGCACAGCAGGUUAACAAGGAUGUAGUACCUAGCGUGAAACCUGAGAUUGGGAGUAUAAAGUCUGCUGCUGCUAUAGUACAUGCUGAUUCAGUAGGUGAACCCACCACAGUCACAACUGCAGACUCACAGCCUGCUGACACAGCCCCCAAAACACACUUCACUGGCACAGACACCCUGUCCAACAUGCCCGUCUCAGAUGAUAAUUUGCAGAGUGAGCGCUCGAAGGCCAGGAUUGACAAAUUAAAAGAACACCACAAUAGGUGUGAAGCUCGGUAUGAAUCUACGGCAGAAAAACGAAACGCUCUUCAAAGACAGCGAACCUUACUCCUACUGCAACUGGCAAACUUGGAUAAAAUGCUGGGCCCAGAAUCACAUCCGGUCAACUCAACCAGCAGAAGAUUCUGUGAUACCCUCACCAACAGACACACAGGUAUGGUCAGAAAUUGACCAUGCAUCUCCUUCAACCAGCGAAUGUGUACCACCACUGGAAAGAACAGAGAGUGUAUUUGUUGCCUUCCAAAACAACAUGGACACAGAUUCCAGCUCUGCAGAAGAUGGGAAUGUGUCCCACUCCAAUCCCAAGCUGGGCCCAGAAUCACAUCCAGUCACUAAACCAGCAGAAGAUUCUGUGAUACCCUCACCAACAGACACACAGGUUGCCUUCCAAAACAACAUGGACACAGAUUCCAGCUCUGCAGAAGAUGGGAAUGUGUCCCACUCCAAUCCCAAGCUGGGCCCAGAAUCACAUCCGGUCACUCAACCAGCAGAAGAUUCUGUGAUACCCUCACCAACAGAAACACAGGUUGCCUUCCAAAACAACAUGGACACAGAUUCCAGCUCUGCAGAAGAUGGGAAUGUGUCCCACUCCAAUCCCAAGUUUAAAAAACAAAUGCUUGGAUAUGAUUCUGAAGACUCACUAAGCAGCAUGGAAAUAACAGAGGAUGAAUAUGUGCCAGGGUCAGAUUGUGAAAGUGAGAUCAGCUCAGAGGGUGGCAGUAUAUUAAAGAAAAAUUCUGCCACCAUGGCCAGUCCUGCUGUUAAAGAUGGAACAAGAAAAACAUACAAGGGACCUAGAAACCGGAACUCUGAAUCUGACACAUCUGGGGAAAGCUCCAUAACUUCACUUACAGUUAUGCACAGUCAAAAGACUGACGAUGGAUCUAGAAGAUACACCAAAAAACAUUACUGUCUCUUUUGUGAGAAACCACAAUCCAAAAUCGCCAGGCAUCUGGAACUUGUUCAUGGAGAUCAAUCUGAAGUCGCUAAGGCCAUUUCAUCUCCAAAGAACUCCAAGGAAAGAAAGCUCCAACUGACUAUACUAAGGAAACAGGGGGACAGAGCACACAAUGUAGAUGUCAUUAGAAAGGGAAAAGGUGUCAUUGUUCCAUGUAAACAAGCGAGUUCUCCAAAUGUCAAUCCAAAUAAAUUCUUACACUGUGCAAAUUGCCAAGGACUUUUCUAAAAAAAAUUUCUUUGGAAACAUAUGAAAAGGUGCCCACUUCGAGGUGUUCUUCCAAAACCUGGUAGAACUCGAGCCCAAUCGAUUUGCGCCUUUGCGCAACCUGUGCAGGAAGGAGUUAGCAAGGGACUGUGGAAACUUCUAAGUGACAUGAAACAAGGUGAAGUGGUAGAUGUCAUAAAGAGUGACCAUUGUAUCCUCAAGUAUGGCGAGCAGAAAUACAACCUCAUGGGACACCGGCGUUCUGAUCAUGAACUGAUCCGUCAGAAAAUGCGUGAGUUAGGGAGACUGGUUUUGAAAGGAAGGCAGGUGUCCCC